ACGAGACCUUGCCAUCUCUUGCUGCACACGGAUUCCUUCGCAACAGUGAUGUAGCUGUGGGAAUGCCUGGAAUCCAAGGGUCCACUUCCUUCUUAAAUCCGAUACAGACGGGGUAUUAGCAGGACUCAACUUGAACUUGUUCACCCAUCUCAUAUGGUCGAUGCCAAGCACUGGAACGACGUCGAAGCGGUAAGGUUGCCGGUGGUCAGAAAGGCAUCGGCCUACGAUCGCCGUCGGUUAGAACGUUGGGGGGCGAGGCUGGAAGUUCAGCUAAUGCUUACCUUCUGCCUCUUGUUGGUCAUUACACCAUUUGCGAUUUACGCCUUGUCUCUUCGGUCUUCUUAUGGCCCAAUACACGAGCAUCGGUUCGAUACCUUCCUAACCCGGGCCUAUGUCAUGUCGGUUGUUACAGUAACGACCCUUGUUCACUGCAGGGCGAUGCUUGAAGAUGCUGAUGUGGACUUGCCCUUCACCGAGGAGUGUCCGCGAAGUUCCAUUACCAAGAUAUUCGUCAACCGCUUACAUGAAUCUGGCGUGCUUCUCCAUCUGUUUGAUUGGCUGGACGGACAUGCUCUGGCAGCUCUAUCGCACUGUGACUAUUGCAAUCGUCAUCAUCUCCACCUCCGCAAGCAUAUUCCAUGCCUUGUUCAUGCUGGCAUUUCCAAACCACUAUGUCAGGUUUGUACCCCGGUGGACUGUCUUCUCCAUCUGGGAUAUCAGACCACUUGUUGAUCAAUUCUGGGCACGCGAAGAUCAGAAACAAAUCGACAAGGCGACAAAGAGCUUGAGAUGGGAAUUCCACGAUUGGAUUUUUGAUCGCAGUGAAGGGUAUCAUUGGAAGGGAGGGAAGAAAGGCCAUGAUAGCCUCAAGAAGAUAGCCCUCAACAAUCUCCGUGCGUCACUGUAACGAUAGUGUUUCAAGGGCAUUGCCUGUGUAGCAAAGUUUCCAAAUACUCAUCAGACACCUGUACUAUGCGCCUUC